AUGCCUUUGAUCGCGUGUCCAGCGUUGUCCCGGAGUCUGGUCCGUUUUGCGAUGAGUUACCAACCUCCACCCUUUGCUUUCGCAUUUAACUCAUCGAUUGCAGGUCAACUCAAUCGCAAUCGCACCAAUUCGUCAAGUAAGAAUCGCGCUUUUCAAAGUGGGGCGAAUAUGAAAUCAGAAAUCGCCUCUGGCGUGAGACAAUCGACGCGAUCGCGGCUGCCACGCCUUUGGCUGCCAAACACUUCGGCUACUCAUCAGCUUGGCACGCUUCUAGGCCAAGAUGCUCGUCCCUCAGAUGUAAUUCUCCUUUCCGGCUCUCUUGGAGCGGGGAAAACUUGCUUUGCGCGUGGUUAUAUUCAGACUGUCCGAGGCGAUACGGCUAUAGAGGUGACAUCUCCAACGUAUUUGCUGGUCAAUACAUAUCCUCCCAGUUUCAAACAGAAAGGCCCCACUGUAUAUCACAUGGAUCUUUGGCGUUUGGAUCCUGGCACGAGGCGAGCCAUAGUAGACUUCAGUGAGGUAUUCGGAAAGCACAUCAGUCUUAUUGAGUGGCCCGAUAGACUUCAAGAUGAGUUGCCUUCUGAGCGCCUAGAAGUACUCAUUGAGUACCCAGAGAGACAUGCGGAGGUGGAUGAAAAUGACCCAUGGGGCUUUGGCACUGAGGAUGUUGACGGCUUGGGAUCUGCACGGGACGGUCGAUUCGCAACGCUGCAACCCGUCGGAAGGUCAUGGGAAGAACGGAUAACAAAACUUCGCGACGAAGUUGCAGUUUUGGAUGAGGCAGGGCGGCUCGUCAUUUCAGAACAAUAA